GUAGUUUCGUUCCCCUUGAUUUUCUUUCGGAGCAAUUUUCAAGAAAAUUUUUAUACUUUAAAGAAAAUCGUGUGUCUGAAGGUUUAUUGGACAUAGAUAACAAGGAUGCCUGAUCCAAAUCCAAAGAACUCAUUUGCUGCUUUCAGCGAAGCGAUUGUUUCAAUGAUUGACAGUCCAGUAACAUGGUUCCGAGAAAAAGUCGUAGAGCCAAAUCGUAAACAAUAUCCUUGGUACCAUCAACAAUUUCGUAGAGUUCCCACAAUUGAUCAAUGCUAUACGGAUGAUUAUGUCUGCAUUUUUGAGGCUGAUCAACAAUGGAAACGCGAUAAGAUGGUUGAAAAUGAAAUUUUAAGUAUAGUAAGAGCUCGAUUCGAGGACUGUGUUCUUUACGAAUCACCGGAUCAUAUGACUAAAUGCUUACCAUUCAAAGAAGCUUACGAACGAGCAGCUGAAAAUUGGUUCAUUAAAUACGGAGAUCUUGGAGCAACUGGAAAGGCUCGUGAGUGCUACAUGAAACAAAAGCAUCGCUUGUUAUGGGAAAGACGUCAUGGAAAAGUAGGAACUGGUAUGAAAGAUUCAAAGAGUGCAGUUUCUACAGAAGAAUAGAUAAUUAUCAAGUUAUAUGUAAAUACAUGAGUUUGUUACAACAAGUCUCUGAAAGAAAAUGGACAUAAAAGAAGUCAUUUAGUUGCCG